AUGCAUGGCCCCAGCUGGCUGGGUGCUGUGCUCUUCCUUGGGGUACAGCUCCGAGCGCUGUGGCCUGCGGCAGCUGUGGAAGUUCACACUUCCAAGGAGGUGGAUGCUGUGAACGGCACUAACCUGCGUUUGAAAUGCACCUUUUCCAGCAGCAGCCCUAUUAGCCAGCACCUGUCAGUGACCUGGAACUUCCAGCCCGAGGACCUGAGCUCUCAUGAGCCAGUAUUUUAUUACCUGAAGGAGCCCUACAAGCUGUCUGCUGGGCGGUUUAAAGAGCGAGUCACCUGGGAUGGGAAUAUUGAGCGUAAUGAUGUUUCUAUCAUUAUCUGGAAUUUGCAGCCCACAGACAAUGGGACAUUCACUUGCCAGGUGAAGAACCCACCAGAUGUUGAUGGCACAAUUGGUGAAGUGCGACUCAGAGUUGUGCAGAAAGUGCAUUUCUCAGAAAUCCAUUUCCUGGUGGUGGCCAUUGGGUCUGCGUGUGUUCUGAUGAUCAUUGUGGUGUCACUUGUGAUUAUCUGUCGACACCGUCGGAAGAAAGCGCAAGAGAAGAGGAUGGAGGUGGCAGAAACUGAGCUUAAGGAAAAGGAGAAUCUGAAGAUUGGAGAAGAAAAGGAAGCCAGUCCAUCAGAAGACUAG